AUCACCUCCCAGCUAGAACCGGAGGAAGCUGGUCACCGGUGCCGCGACGGAGGACGACCAUGGCGUGCCGAAGCUUACAAGAAACUUCGGGGAGACGGAAUGUUACGCAAAAGUCUACGGUUCACAAAUGCAACGUGAGUUCGAUAAACACCUUCACAGAUCUGACUGCUGGCGGAGAUUCUGGGGAUUUGUUCCAGGCGGACGGUCUUCUAGUGGAGGCCACUCCGCUCAAGUCGAUUCUCGAGGUGAAGAUCGGCGGACGAGGAGAACUUCUGGCGGUACGCGAAUCCGUUCAAGGGACGUGCCAGCUCGCUGCGCGACGCUGGAAAUCAGCCAGACCGACGACCCAAGCACGCUGCACCGGUCUCAGCGCCUCUAUCCGGGUGGCCCCGCCGCCGACGUCACCGAGCACGAGAAGGACCUGUACAAUACCAAAAACAUAGCUGCCGCGGUGCCGGCCACAAAGGCCACGCCACCUUCUUCUCCUACUGCUAGCACCGGGACUCAGGUCACGGGGAGUAACAUGCCAGUGGCGGCACCGACGGCCAGCGGUAACCUGCUGCCCCGCGGUCAUCGAGGACGGCCAGAUCAGAAAAAACGACUCGUUCGAACCUUCACAAGUCAAUGGCAAAACACAUU